AUGCUCUCUGGUACUCGCCUCAGUGCCCUCGUCUGCCUCGUGUUCGGCAUCGCCGUCCACGCCGCACCUGCUGGCUCCGACACCAACACCCACGUCGGUGCCGGUGCAAACAUUGGUGACAUCGCCAACCUUGGCUUGUCCGGCUCCGCCCACACCGCCAUGAGCGAGGACGACAUCACCAACGUUCUUGGCCACCUCGGUCUCACGACCGGGGUCAACGUCGAUAAGCGCCAGAUCCUGCAGAACCUUGGCCUCCCUGCCGGCUUCAGCCUGAACGACCUUCUCUCCGCCCUCGGCUUCUUCAACACGAACGCCCUCUUCACGACUACCUCGAACGGCGUCGUCGUCACGGCCACGGCCACGGCCAGCGUCUCGGUCUCCACCGCCAGCCCGACGACGACGUUCACCGACUCGUUCAGCCUCCCGUCCAUCACUCUUACUGCCACUAACACCGGUACUGGUACCGUUGCUGCGACCGCCACCGCGACUACCACAGCCAGCGCUAACACGAAUGGUCUCGCUGGCCUCCUCUCUUCGCUCGGCUUCGGCAAUGGUGGCUUCGGCGGCAACGGUGGCUUCGGCAACUUCGGCAACUUCGGCAACUUCGGCAACUUCGGCGGCAACGCUGGUGUCAACGCUGGUGCCAACGGCGGACUCAAUCUCGGAUUGUAA